GGAUGAAAACAAAUCUAUUAUAUCUUCAUUGAAUAUGGAGAAAGAUAAUCGUUUGCUAAAUAUCAUAUCGAAAUGAUAAACAGACUCGAGGUGAAAGGAGUGGAAGCGGAAAGACAUCAUAUUCACAAGUGCGUAUUGUUUCCCUGCUCAACAAAUGAGAUCGUAAAAGACGAAUCUUGAUCAAAAGCAUCGGUUCUAUGGUGUAGUGGUUAGCACUCUGGACUUUGAAUCCAGCGACCUGGGUUCGACUCCCGUCACUCUGUCGACCGAAGCUCAGCCGGCGAAGAUGGAGGCGGAGCAGUACGAAACCCUAGCAAUCAAGCAGAAUCCCCCAGGUUCUCCGGUCGUACAUCUCUGUCUCAACCGCCCGCGGCAGCGCAACGCUCUUUCUCUCGAAUUCUUCUCAGAAUUCCCGAAAGCCCUCUCGUCCCUCGACCAAAACCCUAGCGUCAGUGUAAUCGUCCUCUCCGGCGCUGGCGACCAUUUCUGCUCCGGAAUUGACCUAAAAAUCUUCGCCUCCAUACAAAGCCAGUCCGGAUCCCUCCGCCCGGGACGUGCCAGUGAGUGGCUCCGCCGUGACAUCAAGUUCCUGCAGGAUGCCAUUACCGCGAUCGAGCGGUGCAGAAAGCCCGUUAUCGCCGCGAUCCAUGGCGCCUGCAUCGGCGGAGCAAUCGAUAUCGUGACCGCCUGUGAUAUAAGGUAUUGCACGGAGGACGCGUUCUUUUCCGUCAAGGAGGUGGAUUUGGCGAUUACUGCUGAUCUGGGGACGCUUCAGAGGCUUCCUGCGAUUGUAGGGUUUGGGAACGCGAUGGAAUUGAGCUUAACGGGUCGCAGAUUCUCGAGUCAGGAGGCCAAGGAGUUGGGUUUGGUUUCCCGGGUUUUUGGUUCCAAGGAGGAAUUGGAUCAAGGUGUCAGAACUGUCGCAGAAGGGAUUGCUGCGAAAUCGCCUCUUGCUGUGAUUGGAACAAAAUCGGUGCUUUUGAAGAGCAGGGAUAUGAAUGUAGAACAAGGAUUGGAUUAUGUAGCAACUUGGAACUCUGCAAUGCUUAUGUCUGAUGAUUUAACAGAGGCCGUCUCUGCACAGUUGCAGAAAAGGAACCCUGUCUUUGCCAAGCUUUGAUCUUUCUUUGUUGUUUGUUAUUUUACUUGCAGCAUAAGAGGGAAAGUGGCACUAUGAUGUCGUUGUUUGUUGUUUGUUGUAUUCUGAACUCGUUCAAAAUCAGAAGUUUGAAGGAUACCUGAAACUCUGCUAUCAGUUGUUGUCUUUGUUGACUGCUCAUGAUCAAAUACAGUUGGCUUCUUGAUAUAUUACUUUCAUUUUUGGGGUAUUUCUUGGCCUUCUCUUUUCAUACAUUAUGAACGAUAAAUGCGUUUAGCUGAUCGGGUUCUGAUUCGUAGGCUACAGUAGAUAAGAGUACCAUUGUAACGAGGCAAUCGAAAUGACGAGCUGAUUAAGAGUUGGUGCCAAACAUCAGUAAGCACAUGUAGCUUUUUUGUUAAUUCAGAAAAUGGUCAAAAUCAUAACAUAGGAAAAGUUUCAUUCAUGUGGUUCCCGUUAGAGUUCAAUCAAUUGUCACCCUUUUCGGCUUCCUAUGGUUCUUUCUAUUCUUUUUGUUUGGUUUCCUUUGUUUGGUAUCUCUGAUAGCUGAAGAUCGUCUCUUUGACAGGUGAACGAUCACAAAGAUUGCUCAGCACAGCAAGGGAAGAUAUGUGGGAGGUAACGCCGUCCCCACACAGCAUAAAGCUAAGCCAAGCCAUGAUGCCAUUUGCCAGCAAGAUGGAAGGCAAACUUAGAAAGCUAAGUAAGGGAAGGCGGAGAUUGAAAAUGGGUGGGGAACAGAUCCACGCUCUUUGUUCCUGUUCCGUCAUUCCAAUCCCUGCAACUCAAUCGGUUUUUUUAUUAGGGUGAUUGAUUCUACUCAAUGGUUUUAUGCACCAACUGGUUGAUGACGACGGCUGGACCUGCCCAAACCGGAUGGCUCGGAUAUACAUUAACUGUGCAGUUCAGCAGCCGGCGAGGUCGUUCGGGGGGAACUGAUUCCAGUAUAGCCAUUCAGCUACCUCAAUUCAGCAAGCCACCCGAAUUGCAUUCUACUGGCGCAAGCUCGGAAGCUCCUGCCAUUGGAUUGACAGGUCAGUUGCUGAUUUUCUUGCUUGUUUAAGCCAUAGCUCACAACUUGGGCGAGAGCAUUCUAGACAACGCGAUUCGAAUUUUUGGGGUCAGAUACAGGCCCCCUUGGUUUCUUUAGGCAGUGAAGCUUUGCGGUUAGAGGAGUAGUUGUCACCCUCUUGAGAGCAAACAACACUUUAAUUUCGUUUUGGCAGUAGGUGGAACGUGUCCACAUGUAUAGAGAAGAAGAACACUAUUACCACAUUCGUCUUUUGCUUUUGCUUACCUCUUCACUGCUUGUCUUUCUCUCUUGCCUUUUCUUUUUCUUGUGGCCUUGGAAAACGAAUGAUGCAUCAGCAUUACAGUGUGUAGCUCCAAGAACCAAACGUGCCAUUUGGAGCAAAAGAGGGCCAAAGAAGAAACAGUGUCACGCGGGGGAAAGCAAAAACACCUUGUUUUUUUUGGGGGCAUGGUGUUGGUUGUGUCGCCACCCCGACCACGAAGGAAGGACACUUAUCUUUCACCACAAGACAGACAGUAAUGGAUCGUUCGAGGAGGAAACAUUAGCUGGGUGGAACUGGAAGCUUCACAUCAUAAUUGUAUGCAUAGUAAGUUCUGUCCAGAAAACUCCUGAGAUUUCUUUCAACAAUCCUGGUAAUAACAAUUGGUGGAGGAUAUUACCAAUUGGUGG